CUACAGUUUUCAAAUAUGGCGGACGCGCCGGCAGAUAUAACUAGCGAUGAAUCGUGCCAUCAGAAGUCACCCAAUGGCCGUGUUGAUUAUGUUCGGGAGGAAUACAAACGUUAUAAACGAAAGAAACCUCCACCAGACCUCAGUGAAGUAAUCGAUUUCCGAGAUCCUUCGACAUUUCGUGAUCGUAUCGAAAAAUUCCAACUGCAAACACAAGGAAAAUGCGACAAAAGUGAUUCGAAUUUCGGACUUCGAUGUGUAAAGGAAUGGCAAACGUACGAACUUAAGUCGUGCUCAGGGUUUAUUUUUAUAGUAAACCCGUUUUUACAUGGAGCACAACGUUACUGGACAAGACGAUGUAUUAAAGAUUUUCCCCGCAAACCAAACGUUUGUAACUUGGAUGCGCAUAUGACCUUAGACACGAGAGAAACUGUGUGGAGACUCAGUCAGAGGAAUAAUGAAAACAACAACUUAAUGGACAAGCUCCGCUGGGUCCACCUAGGAUAUCACUUUGACUAUAAUGUUGUCAAUUACAAGCCUGAACGGUAUCAUAACUUCCCAUCAGACCUAGCAGGCUUGACAAAACACAUUGCUAGUGCAGUUGGAUACCCAGACUACUCCCCUGAGGCUGGCAUUGUUAAUUACUAUCCUCUGGGAGGCUCCAUGGGGGGCCAUACAGAUCACUAUGAGUCUGAUUUAUCAUGGCCUCUGAUCUCAUUGAGUUUUGGACAAACAGCCAUUUUUCUUAUUGGUGGAGCAACCAGAGAUGUACGACCAGUUGCUUUAUAUGUUCGUAGUGGGGAUAUUAUCAUCAUGUCAGGAAAAUCAAGAACUGCCUUCCAUGCAGUUCCGAGGAUUAUUAAAGUGGGAAAGGAAAAUGAACCUCCAUGUUGCCUCAAAUGGGAAGAUGGCCUCUUUUCAAGGGACGUCACUUCGAGAAACCCGGAUGAAUCAGGUGUCCUGGAUGAGAGCUCAGUAAUCCCGGGUGCUACAAAUAAAGACAUAACCAAAACCUCUUGUUUAAAUCGGACACAGCGAAUAGAAAAACCUUUGUUCCAAAAAUUCGGUGAUGAUAAAAUUAUCAGAGGAUUAGAAGAGGUCGGUAUUGAUGAGAGAGGGCAUAGCGAAACCGACGAAGGUUGUCGAUGCGACCAACCUAAUUUUUUGGCAAAAUCUACAGAAACUCUUGCCCUAGAGGAAUGGAGAGAGUUUGAAAUCUAUCUUUCGAAAACUCGUAUCAAUGUGAAUGUGCGUCAAGUGCAUGAAAGUGGAAAAACAGUGAGUUCAUCUUAAUAUGAAAACUCAAUUGUGAGUGGUUGAUAUGACUGUAUAAAUAUCAACCUUGGUCUAAGGGAGGAGCGCAUUUCCAAUCUUGUUGUCUUUUUAAUUGUUUUUAUCCGAGACAUUUAAUGGCUUAAAACGUACUUAAAAAUGCAGUUUUAGUAAGCCAUCUCAAAGCAGAACAACUCACUAUGUUGCUUGUAUCCAAAGACCUGUGUAUGUUUUUUUGUUUGUUUUUUUUUUUUAAUAAAAGAAAAAAAUAAUCAAUAAAAGAGCAGGUUGCUAUUUUUAGUUAAUUUUGUACAACGACAGUUGUUUUGAUAUGCAAAGUGAUCAAUUGAUAACAAUGUACGCAACUAUUUACAAAGCGCUCUGUGUUGGAAAACCUUCCAGUUGCUAUUUUUACAGGUGCUCUUUUGAAAUGCCUUGAAAGUAGCAUUUGAAAGGUUUAAUUACAUCCACUUACAAGAACAUCUAAGUGAUUUUUUCUUAGAAAGAGUCUAGUAAAACUUAACGAGACAUUUUUUAUUAUUAUUUGAGCUUAUCAUAGAAUCUGCCUCUAUUUACAAGUUUGUUCAUCAGUAGUUUUCCUUGGCACUGUAAUCACAGGUUAGGGGCCAGGUUUCCCAUCGAGUUUCAAAAUGGCAGUGUCAGUGUGAGUGUUGCACAAAUGUUUUUUAUGCCAAAUUGGAUUUCGAACUCUUUCCUUUCUGACAAGUGCAAUUGCCAAAAAGACGUCCUCGUGAAUUAGAAAAGCGUCAGUUCUUGACGACUGCGCCUGCUGAGAAAAACUUGCUUGUGCAUGAUGAAUGCGUCAUGUAAUAAAAAGGUAAAGGUAAAGUUUCCAAGAAAACUAGCUCAUGGAUGAUAACAGCUUUAGGGAUCGAUGACUGAAAUUUCCAAGAAAAACUUGCUCGUGAAAAAAGAAAUGCGUCAAGUGAUGACAACUGCAAUUGCUAAGAAAACCUUUCUGGAAAAAUAUAUGCGUUCGGUUCUGACAAGGAUAAUUGCAAAAAAAAACUUGCUUGUGAAAAAUGAAUGCGUCAGGUUUUGACGACUGCAAUUGCGAAGAAAAACUCGCUCGUGUAUAAUAAGUACGUCAACGACUAAGACAACUUGAUUGUGAAGAAAAAAUGCCAAGAGGAACUUGCGCGUGAAUAAUAAAACCGUCAAGUAUCGA